AUGGAUAUGUCAACCGCAUAUCAUGACUCUGGAGGUCCAGCAGUUCGUGACGGAGUUCUCCUGGGCAUCGUGUCUUUCGGCGGCAAGCAGUGCGGUGACCCUCAAUCUCCAGGUGUCUACAGUAGAGUUCCACAGAUUACCCCAUGGGUGGAGUUGACAGUCACCAAUAACGAAGCAAGCGACGUGCCAGAGUUGCAGGCGAAAAUUAAAAAAGCAAGACAAAGAGAAAAAGAGUUGCAGAAGUUCAAAGCCCGUGUUGAAGAAAAGAAAAACAAAAUCAAAUCAUGGCUUCGCGAGACGCUCCAAUCGCCAACAUUCAUCGAACUAGCGAAGAAGAAGCUACUUAAUUCCGGUUUUGACAUACGAAAAAAAUUCCGACGAACCGACAUAGAGCCGGAGGACAUCGUGGAUGACAAAACUAUGGACGAUAUUAACUUGUCCAAUUUGAUUAAUGAUGUAAUUUUGGAAAGCGAUGUCAGUAAUGAUGGAGAGGUUCUACUAACGACCCUGGCUAUGCAUGAGCUGGUUUUGCUAGAAGGACAGUCCAGUGAUGAUGAUGAUGAUGCUAUAAGUACACUUAUUGCUUUGAUUAAUAAAUGAAUAAUUAUUAUUAAAAUCAAAUGACUAUUGAAUAUUAACUUCUCUUAUAAUGAGUUUUCACAAAAGCGCCAUCUAUGUUAUCUCUAGUGAACUAGAAACGAGCCG